AUGGAGCCUUCGGGCGACGAGCCAGGGGAUGAUGGAAAGCUUUCCAACACUGCGGAGCCUGCUGAGAACUAUGACAGCUUGAAGUAUCAACUGUUAGGACCAUCUUUGACCAAGGCGGGUCAGGAUGCCGUGGACCAGCGCAAAGUUUCCGAGAUUAUCUAUAACGCGUCCAAGGGCUCCAAGUUCUUCAAUCACGAGCAAAACCGCGACAAGGUUUUGACGGUAAAGAUCGAACGGAUUCUGAAGGAGAAAGCCCGCCUUGAAAAGUUGGAUUUGUCGGCUGAUCUACGACGCGCUGACCAGCUUAUCGCCGAGCUGGAACUAACCCGGGACUUAUCGCAACACGUCGUCCACGUCGAUUGCGACGCCUUCUUUGCCGCAGUCGAAGAACUCGACCGCCCCGAAUUGAAAACUGUUCCGAUGGCAGUGGGCAAGGGGGUCUUGACAACCUGUAACUAUGAGGCCCGGAAGUUCGGCUGUCGGAGUGGCAUGGCAUCAUUCAUAGCCAAGAAACUCUGCCCUCAGUUGAUCUGCUUGCCUCAAAACUAUGACAAGUACACCGCCAAGGCGAAGGAGAUUCGCGCGAUCUUCGCACAGUACGAUCCCAUGUUCGAGAGCGCUAGCAUUGAUGAGGCUUAUCUUAACAUGACUGCAUAUUGUACCGAAAAUGAACUUGACCCGGAGGAAGCAGUCCAGCGCAUGCGAGCAGAAGUCUUGGAAAAGACAAAGAUCUCAGUUUCCGCGGGUAUCGCGGCUAAUGCAAAAAUCUCCAAGAUCGCAUCAAACAAGAAUAAACCAAACGGCCAAUUCUGCGUACCGAACGAGAGAGAUGCUAUCUUGAAGUUCAUGGAGGAUUUACCUGUCCGCAAGGUGAAUGGAGUUGGUCGCGUCUUCGAACGCGAGCUUGAUGCAAUCGGAAUCAAGACCUGUGGGGACAUUUAUCCUCAGCGUGCCAUCUUGGCCAAACUAUUUGGCGAAAAAGCAUUCCAUUUCCUGGUGCAGUGCUCUCUCGGGUUGGGCAGAACAAAGAUCCAGCCAGUGGAGAACUAUGAGCGGAAGAGUGUGGGAACAGAGAGGACGUUUCAUGAAAUCGGGAACCAGGAGGAGUUCCGAGAAAAACUGUGGUCGAUAGCCGAGGAGCUUGAGAAGGACCUGGCGCGAACCGAGUUCAGAGGUCGCGCGCUUGUUCUCAAAGUCAAGCUGGCCACAUUCGAGGUCUUGUCGCGACAAUGCCAACCUCCGAGGGCAGUAGCGACCGCCAAAGACCUGUACGCCUUCUCCCUCCCAAUGCUGGAAAAGCUUGAGAAGGAGAUUCCUGAUCUCAAACUCCGACUCUUGGGCCUUCGCUGCACGAACCUUGUGAGCACGAAGAAGGUUGGAAUCGAACUCUUCGGUUUCACCGCGCGCCCAAAGCCGGCUUCAGAAAUGCCGACCGACCUUCCUGUUGAGCAGGAAAUUGGGGCCGAGGAAGCAUUCGAGAGGGCUGCGCGUGCGGAGCUACAGGAGGAACUCAAUGACUUGGAGAAACUCAGUCAGGAAGUAUCUGAGUUGGCAGACGUGAAACAAAAUGAGCCGCCAGCUGCCGGUGAUGCGUCACCGCAGCCUGUCUAUUGGUAUUGCCCAAUAUGUUCGAAACCCCAGGUGGCAGAUGAUCGCGCUUUCAACGAUCACGUGGACUAUUGUCUGUCGAGAGAGACAAUUAAGGAGGUUGUUCAGGGUGCGUCAAACGACGUUUUGCUUGAGGCACCGGGUGCAUCAAAGCCGCGCAAGAGGAGAACGACGGCACCAGAAUCACCAGACCCCCGACAGAAACGGCUAUUCUUUUCCUGA